CUGGACUUUCACGAAAUUUUUGGUCCUGCCGCCGUUGCUUUGGCUGUGGCUUGUGCAGCUGGUUGAGCGGACCCGCCCUUUUAAGGCCGUCAUUUGCUAUGCCGCCAAAGAGUCUUUGGGCUUCCAAGCAGCAGUCAUCCAGGCCCUUGAGGAGGGCACUCCUGAUCCAGGGCCCCCGCGCCACUUUCCUUCUGGACCCACUAGCCGGCGCUUCCCUCGAGGCUCUGCCUCCGGCUGGGGCUUUCAGCUCGUCUCUUGGCCAGCGAGGCGGGAAGAGACGGCUCGGCCAGCAGGUCGACCGCAGAGCUGGCUGGCCGCGGGUUGCCGGGAGGGCCCGCCACCGCGCCCCGGGGAGCGGACUGGCACCAGGGCAGCAGCCUCUGGCCGGGCGGCGUCUCUGCCAACGCGGGCGGAGCUCCUGCCGGGCUGGGCUCCUCCGUCCGCCAGGGGCGCUGCGGGCCGGAGCCGCGCCGAGGCACGGCCGGAGCCCGAGCCAGCGCCUGCCGAGCGGGGGCCGGUUGGGCUCUGCGUGGCCAUGAAGCGGGAUCGACGCGGCCGGUUCCUGCCCGCGGGCGCGGCGGCCAAGGCCGCUCCAGGGCUGCCUCCAGCCGAGGCCACCAAGCGGGACACGACGGCCCGGGGACGCCCCGCCGCCUCCCGGCAGCAGGAGGGAAGCGCGCCGGAGCAACGGCAGGAGCCCGAGCCCUGGGCCGCGCCAGCACCGGAGGCAGCGGCAGUAGCAGCAGCGGGAAUAUGCCGGGGCGUGACCACAGGCUACUGCCGGCUUUGCCACGGGAAGUUUUCCUCACGGAGCCUGCGGAAUGCUUUUGGGAAGGUCCCCGUGGUGGGCGAGAGCUCCGAGAAGCAGCAGCGCCUGGACCAAGUCUUCUUCACAGAUUUCCAGCGGCUGGUGGGCGUAGCGGUCCAUCAAGACUCAGCUCUCCCCCAGUUUGUCUGCAAGAAGUGCCAUGCCCAGUUCUACAAGUGCCACAGCAUCCUCAAAGCCUUCAUCCAGAAGGUGAACGUCUCGCCUGCAGGCCACCUGAAGUCACACGGAAAGAACAACCUUCUCCAAUCUUCCCUUCCUGCUACGAAAAGAGAUACUCCUCCCUCUUUGGCAGACCUGAUCACAUCCAGCCCCCAGUGCCUCCACAACUUGGUGAUGUGGACUCACAACCACGCAGAGAGCUGCCAGAUUGCUCCAAGCCUGCAGAGCAUGCUGUCCUCAGAGUACUGUGGGAUCAUCCGGGCCGUCUGGGGCUGCAGAGAGGGCCACGAUUAUGUCAUGAGCACGGAUUCGGACUGCAGCGCCUUGCUGGUGGAUAAUGCCUUGUCCGUCAAAUGGGAACUGAACAAGGGCACUGCCGCUCAGCAGCACAUGACUGGCAAUGGGGUGGAUACCAAUUGCACUGAGGCUUUUGGUGCACCACCAGAACCCCAGCAGGGCACUACCAGGACAGCAGCCAGACAGCAGCCAACAAAGAGUGGGGCUGCUUUGCCCUUGCUUAGCACAGAAAACCAGGCACCAGAGAGCCAGGAUUUGCCUUCAUUGCAAGAUACCCCAGAACCUCCUCUGCAGGAGGAAAGCCUGCCGCAGCCAGGAUCACUGAGCGAGAAGUUGGUUCCGUCUGCAGCCUCGGAUGAGCGGGUAAAAGACGAGUUCAGUGACCUUUCUGAGGGGGACUCCUCGAGCGAUGACGAGAAUGACAAGAGAGCACGGUCAUCAGAUGACUCCUUCGAGCCUUACCCAGAAAAGAGGGUGUCCAACAACAGGAAAACUGAAGGCAAAGAAGCAAAGAAGCUGAAAGAGCCCAAGAUAAGGAAGAAGCCGGGACCCAAACCUGGCUGGAAAAAGAAGAUCAAAUGUGAAAGAGAGGAGCUGCCAACCAUUUACAAGUGUCCUCAUCAGGGCUGCACUGCUGUGUACAGAGGUGCAGAUGGCAUGAAGAAGCACAUCAAAGAGCAUCACGAGGAGGUCCGGGAAAGGCCCUGCCCACAUCCAGGUUGCAACAAAGUGUUCAUGAUUGACCGGUACCUUCAACGUCACGUGAAACUCAUUCACACGGAGGUACGGAAUUAUAUCUGCGACGAAUGUGGCCAGACAUUCAAGCAGCGCAAGCACCUCUCGGUUCACCAGAUGCGCCACUCAGGCGCAAAACCCCUCCAGUGUGAAAUCUGCGGCUUCCAGUGCAGACAGCGAGCAUCCCUCAAAUACCACAUGACCAAACACAAAGCAGAGACUGAGCUGGAGUUUGCCUGCGACCAAUGUGGGAAGCGCUUUGAAAAGGCUCAUAACCUUAACGUUCACAUGUCUAUGGUGCAUCCCCUGACACAGACUCAGGACAAAGCCAAGGUAGCUGAACCAGAGCAAGAGUCUCUGCCGGAGGUUUCGGGAACUGCAGAAAGCCAGCCUGUAAAAUCGGAACCAAGUACGCAACAAGAACCCACCUGAAAGACCCCAGAGAAGAACCCUGAUCCAGCCUUGCAUAAAACAACACUGAGUGGGAGUUUUAAAUGUACGUUUUAUAAUGGAUUCUCGAAAAAAAGGACUCUGUGGAAAUCGCUUCUGCUUGCUGGUGAACCACUUUCCAUUGCUGUGAUUACUCUUUCUCUGUGCUUGUGUCCAACACCUUAGCAGCAUCUUAUGGAGCAAUAUGUUUUGCCAAAAGGAACGGGCUGCUCUGCCUUCCCUCUGACAUGGUGAUGGCCGACCUCAAAAAGGUAUCACACCUGUUAUAAAGGUGUGCCGACCACAGACACAGAUAAAUUCAUUGGGGGAGGGGCUCUCAAGAUGAUGAAACGCCUAGUUUAAACCAACUUGUUUUAAAUUAAAUUCCAAAGCCAAUCUAAAAAGAAAACCAGAAUAUUUGUAACAUAAUUUUUAUUGUUACAAAGUCAUGGUUAUGCUUGUAAUAAAUUAUUUACACAGUA